AGUAGACGAACAAGUCAUGUAUGUUGUUCUACAAACUAAAUCGAGUCUCCCCAAUUCAGAAAUAUUCUCCAAUUAACAUUUUAAACCAUAUACUAUUAUUUAAUUAAUUAAUAUUAUAAGAACAAGUACAAGUUUAGCAUAGCAGGAUUUGUGCAUCAACCAUAUUGUUGCGGUCAUCUUCCGCCAUGAAUAACCUUGAAAAAACAGAGAUUGAGUCGAUACAACUGCGGAGUUUGAAGGUAAUUUCCGCCCUUGGCCGUGGAGCUAAAGGAGUGGUAUUUUUGGUUCAGAGGGAAGACGGUGAGUUGCUUGCUCUCAAAACUAUUUUGAGGGAUUCAAUUAAGAAGAACAAAGCCAGUACGAACAACAGUGAAUACAGAAGAAUUUACCUCGAGCGUGACCUACUCAAUUCAUUUCAGCAUCCGCUUCUGCCUAAACUCAAAGGAGUUGUAUCCACGGAUAAGAUUGUUGGAUAUGCCAUUGAUUACUGUCCUGGUGGUGAUCUCAAUUCUCUCCGGAAAAAACAAACUGAAAAGAUGUUCUCAGACGAUACUAUAAGAUUCUACGCGGCGGAGUUAGUGUUGGCAUUGGAGCAUCUACAUGGAUCAGGGAUUGUAUACAGAGAUUUAAAGCCUGAAAACGUGAUGAUUCAAGAGAACGGACAUAUAAUGUUAAUCGAUUUCGAUCUCUCUACAAAACUUGCACAUAAAUCUACUCCACAAUCCCCGCAAAUAGAAACAGCUAAACUAUCGGUACAAACCGCGUCGAAGAGCAAAAAGAAAAACCGGUUCAACAAAUUUCGCAACUCGGAAAUCUCUCCAGACGAUUCAAUUCACUCAGCUCGACUCGCUCCUGUCGAAUUCGAUCCGAUCGAGAAAUCAAAUUCAUUCGUCGGAACGGAGGAGUAUUUGUCUCCGGAGAUCAUUUUAGGUAACGGCCAUGAUUUCUCAGUCGACUGGUGGUGUUUAGGAGUAGUAUUGUACGAGAUGCUGUACGGAACGACGCCGUUUAGGGGCUCAAAUCGAAAGGAAACAUAUUAUCGUAUACUUUCGAAAUCGCCAGAUUUAGUAGGUGAGGCGACGUCAUUAAGAGACUUGAUAAACAAGUUACUGGAAAAGGAUCCGAAGCAGAGGAUUUCCGUGGAUGAAAUCAAAGGCCACGAUUUUUUCAAAUCCAUGGACUGGAAUUUGAUUGUCCAACUUCCAAGGCCACCGUCUAUUCCAGCGCCAUAUGAUGAGGUAAAAGGGAAUAAGGAAAUUGAUGUGGAGUUAUUUGUAGAGGGAGUGUUCAAAGAUGAAUACUGCAAAAUUAAUUCGCAAGCUAACUAUGGUGAUGAAAGUAAUGCCAUCCAAGUUGAUAAACUUUUCCUCUUUUGAUUAAUAUUCUUAUUCUUUUCUUACCUUUGAGUACAUAUUUAAGUAUAUCUCUGCAACUACAGUAUGUUGCAGCCCUUUAUCAUGUAACAAAAUUCUUGAUUCCAUUUUUUAACACAAUAAUUUUAAGAAUUAA